AUGGAUCCUACUAGAAGAGGUGUUUAUAGCUACAAGUUUGUGGAACCUUCUUUGAAGACAUUGAGAGGAUUGGGAGCUCGUCUAGUUUUCAACAACAAAGAAAAGUUCAAGGAUGCCUAUGGGAAUCUUGAAAUUCUGGAUUACCAGUUGGCUCCUACGUUGGAGGAAUAUUCACACAUUCUGGGGGUUGAGAUUAAGGAUCAGUCUCAUUUUGUCCCUACAAAGGAACUUCCCAAGUCUCAACAUCUAGCUGAAAUCCUUCACAUAGGGAAGAAUGAGGUGGAGCUCAAUCUUAAACCUAAGGGUGUGACCCAUGGGUUUGCCUUGAAGUUUCUGGUUGAUAAGGCUAUUACAUUUGAUGAAGCUAGGAGUUGGGAUGCCUUCAACACUAUGUUUUCUUUGAUCAUAUAUGGGAUCGUGUUGUUCCCUAACAUGGAAGACUUUGCUGACUUGGCUUCUAUCUAUCUCUUCAUGGCCAAGAAUCUCGUUCCUACUCUUCUUGUUGACACAUACUAUUUUAUCCACGUGAGGAAUGAGAAGAAGAAGGGGACUACCGUGUGUUGUACCCCUCUGCUGUAUAAAUGGUUUAUUUUGCAUCUACCCAACAAUGAUCCUUUUGUUGACAACGAGGGAAAUUUGAAAUGGUCUGAAAGGAUCAUGUCCCUCACAGCUGAAGACAUCUUCUGGUAUUCUAGAGUUUACGACGGUGUUGAGAUCAUCAUGGAUUGUAGCAAUUUCCCCAAUAUACCCCUUAUAGGUACAAAGGAUGGAAUUAACUAUAACCCGAGGAUAGCAUUGCGCCAGUUGGGCUACUCUAUAGUAGACAAGCCAGAUUCUGAGCUUCUAGAGGAGUUUAUUUUGUCUGAAGGGGUUGACAACUCAAAGUUCCAGAAGAGGAUUAUCCGAGCCUAG